UUUGACUUCGCCAUUUCUUGAUCUGCUGGCUGCUGCUGCUGCUGCUGCAUCGUGUAGCCUCGGCGGCCCAGUCAAUCCAGGGCAGGGCAGGCGAGAGGCAUAAAAGCUCCCCCGCCCCGCAUGGCGUCGCCUGCCAACCGCCCGCGCCCCUGCCUUCCCUCCCUCCCACUUAAAACGCAACCGCCCGCCCACACACGGAAAAGCGACGACCAACGAACACAACCGACCACACGCGGCGGAGCCGACCCCGACCCCGACCCCGAGAUGCUCGCGGCGGGAGGAAGCCGAGGAGGGGUUCCCCGCGCCGCCGCGGUCGUGGUGGCGGUGCUGGCCCUCAGCGCCGUCGCCGCCGCCGACAUCUUCUCCCCUCUCGCCCCCAUGUUCUCCCCCGUCAUCAACUCCAUCUGCAGCACGGUGGCCUGCGGGCAGGGCAACUGCACGGUGGCGCCGGGCACGCUGGGCUACCGCUGCGACUGCCGCCCGGGCUGGACGCAGCUCCACGUCGGCGACAACCUCAGGUUCCUACCCUGCGUCAUCCCCAACUGUUCCAUUGACAGCUCAUGUUCCAGUGGCUCACCAGCACCAGCACCGGCACUAGCACUGUCGCCUUUGCCAGCACCUAAAAACUUCUCACUCGACCCUUGUGAACUAGCAUACUGCGGGGCCGGAGGCACAUGUAGGAAGAGCGACUCUCGUCUCAGCUACCACUGUGAGUGCAAGGAGGGGCACAGCAACCUUCUCAACAUGACCAUGAUGCCUUGCUUUAAGAACUGUUCCUUUGGCGCAGAUUGCGCAAUCAUAGGUAUUCAUCCCUCCUCAAACAGCCCUCCUGCACCACCUCCACCUGGCUCUGAGAGCAUUUCUAACCAAGGCAAUGCAGGAGCACCAGGAUCCAUUUCGCAGAGAAUUCUACUCCCACUGCUGGUGGCGGUCUCACUGGCCGUCGGUCAGGCGAUAUAAACUGACGAUGAUGGGCAUCCCACGGUGUCACUAGACUGUUUUUAUCCACGGGACAAGGAUAGAGUUGAUAGCUUGUUAGGGAUACACUUUUGGAUGUGUGUUGUACUGCUGAAUGGUUACAUUUUGGUGGUUGAUUUGCAGUGUAGGAGAUGUUGUUACCCGGAUCAUUUUAUGUCGAUAUGGAAUAAAGUGCUUCUGUGAAUACCGGGAUAUAACCGACUCUUCAUUGGGUAACUGCACUUGGCUUACUUGCUCUGAACUUCUGAACACAUUCAGAUAAGAUUACGACAGAG